UUUGUCUUUUGACAAAUCGUUAGAGCUGGUGUUGCUCAACCGGAAGCCAGGAACUGGCCACAAGAAAAGGAACCCAGCUGGUGGUGUAGGAAGAUGGAAACCGACUUCUCCAUCCCUCUGAAUGAAUCUGAGAAGGUGCUCCCUGAGCCUCAUGGCUACACCAUUCUGUGGAUCUUCUCAUUGCUAUUCCACGGAGUCAGCUUUGUCUUCGGGGUCCUGGGCAAUGGGUUUGUGCUCUGGGUGGCUGGAUUCCGGAUGAAACGCACAGUCAGCACCAUCUGUUACCUGAACCUGGCCCUAGCUGACUUCUCUUUCAGUGCCAUCCUGCCAUUCCGCAUGGUCUCAGUUGCCAUUGGAGAAAAGUGGCCUUUUGGCCAGUUCCUAUGUAAGUUAGUUCACGUCAUGGCAGACCUCAACCUUUAUGUCAGCGUCUACCUGAUCACUGUCAUUGCCCUGGACCGCUGUAUUUGUGUCCUGCAUCCAGUCUGGACCACGAACCACCGCACCAUGAGUCUGGCCAAGAGAGUGAUCAUGGGACUCUGGAUUGUUGCCAUAGUCUUUACCUUACCAAAUUUCAUCUUCUGGACUACAAGUACUGAGAAUGGGGACACAUACUGUAUCUUUAACAUGGCAUUCUGGCUUGACACUGUUGCAGAGAAUUUGAACGUGUUCAUUAACAUGGUCAAGGUCUAUGUGAUCCUCCACUUCAUUACUGGCUUCGGCAUCCCCAUGUCCAUAAUCACAGUCUGCUAUGGGAUCACUGCUGCCAAAAUUCACAAGAAGCGUAUGAUUAAAUCUAGCCGUCCCUUACGGGUCCUCACUGCUGUGGUGGCUUCUUUCUUCAUCUGCUGGUUCCCUUCUGAACUAAUUGGCAUUCUAAUGGCAGUCUGGCUCAAAGAGAUACUGUUCAACGGCAAAUACAAAAUCGUUGUUGCCCUGGUUAACCCAGCAACUUCCCUGGCCUUUUUUAACAGCUGCCUCAACCCAAUUCUCUACGUCUUCAUGGGUCGUAACGUCCAAGAAAGACUGAUUCACUCCUUGCCCACUACUUUGGAGAGGGCCUUGAGUGAGGGCCCUGACUUAGCCAAGAGUAGCGACAGAAACGCCAAUCCUGCUUCACCUCCUGAGGAGACAGAGUUACAAGCAGUGUGAGGUUGGCGGUACUCUUGAGCUCUCUUUCUACCCUGCGUUUCUUCUACUCUCAUUCCACCACCACCAUCAUCAACAUAAGACUUCUGUACCAAAUGUGUAGGGGGUUUUCCCUACAACCAAGCAGUAGACACCAGCUGGGUGUCCUACAGUUAAAUUUCAACACUAUCUACCUGGAGCUAGUAUUGGAUCCCACAGGUAUAAGGGCUCAUUCCAAAAGGCUGCUCCUCCAGUAGAGACACAAGUCACAAAUCCAGGCUUCUGAAAUUUCUGACCAACCAGCUUCAAUUUGGGGUUCCCACCACCCCCUCUUCGGGGGUAGAGUGGCUCACGGAACUCAGAGAAAUGAUUUAAUUGCUAGAGUGGCUCAUGGAACUCAGCAAAACGUUUAUUUAGGCUUGCUUAUUUAUUAUACAAGACACUACAAAGGAUAUAGAUGAAGAGGCACACAGGGCAAGGUAUGGGAGAACGAAGAUGCAGGGUCCAUGUGCUCCCUGAGUGCACCACCCUCCAGGAACCUCCAUGUGUUCACCUAUCAUGAAGCUCUCCAAGUCCAGUCCUCUUGGGUUUUUAUGGAAGCUUCAUGAUGUCGGCAUUCUUUCCCCUAGUGCGUACUAUAGGACCCUCUCUGGGGAGAGUCUUAAGUGCCAUAAUUAGACAGGUGGGGGAAGAUUAAAGUCCUGAUUUGGGGUAGAUGAAGGAGAGGAGAGAGAUUCUGUUUCCUGAGGUCUAAUGUAUCCAACAUAAUAACAUAGGACUGUAGCAAAGCCUGCGGUCGUUAUGAAGCAGAAACCAUGGGCUAAAACCAACAUACAUUUUAAUACCAGAUACCCUAAUCCCAGUCCUAACUUCAUUUAACCUUGGUCACAUUGAGGCAUUCCAGGGUGAGUGGCUCAAGUAUUUCCUCAGGGAAAAUACUUCUGUACCCCAUGAUUUAAGGGUAAGAAGUAGACAAUGAGGCCACUGUAGGUGUCAUUUUUCAUUCUGGACCUCAGCCUAUAUCCUAAGUGGAAGUGGGAAAAGAGUACAAGAGGAGAGAAAAAGUAGGGGGAUUUGUAAGGCUCAGAUGAGAUAGUGGGUUUUUUUUUUUUUUGGAAAAAAACAAACUUUAUUUUACCAUUAAGGAAAAUGUUUGCUGUAGGCUUCCUGGAGCUUUCUCCUUUUAAAGUUAGACUAUAAAGUUUUCUUCUUAGUUAAGAGUUUUCUUUUAUUCUUUAAAUCAUAAAUGAAUAUUGAAUUUUAUUAAAUGAAGUUUCUAUAAAUAUUAACAUAAUCAUAUUUUUAUUCCUUCAUUCACAUGAUUACAAAUUAGAUGAAUUUAUAUGUUAAACUACCCUUGCAUUUCUGAAAUAAACCAUGCUUGCUCA